AGAAUGCUUCAGUCAGCACGGGUUGCAACGUGUGUGAUCAAAACUUUUGAGUAUAUUUCGUUUAAAAUUUAUUUUUCAGUUAUAUCAAAAAACACGGCAAAAAAUUAUCGAAGGAUGUCUUCAUCUUUUUUUCUAAAAGGUAAAUCAAGACAAAUACAUAAGAGGAAAGGUGAGAAAAUCAAGAAAAUUAAACCAAAAAAACAGAAUGGUCCUAACCUAGAAAACGGUCAUGAUUCUUCCGAAAGCGAUUUGGAUAUUAAAAAGUUCUCCGAUGGAGAAGAAUUGGAGAGUGAUCAUGAAACUGCGGAGCAAAAGAAGCUGAGACUGGCCAAAAAAUAUUUAGAAGAAAUCGAAAAAGAAGAGGCAAAGAGAGCUGAGCUUAAAGAAAUUGACGACGCGGUUGAGAAGCGAUUACAGAAAGAUUACUUAGAACAAAAAGGUAAAUUAAAAGUAGAAGUAGCAGAUAGCUACAGCGCGCCAUCUGCAGAUGAUUUGCGAUUAAUACGCGCCAAGGAACACCGGUUAACCGUCACGUGUGUUUGCGUCAGCUCUGAUGGGCAGUUUGCAUUCACAGGCAGCAAAUGCGGAACUAUUAUCAAAUGGGGUAUCAAAGAAAAACGGAAAUUAGGCUGCUUAACCUACAAAACACAUUCAAAGUUCUUAAAAGGAGGAAUAACUUCGCUAGCAUUGUCAACAGAUAACAAAUAUUUAGCAUCUUCAGACCAAUCUGCUGAUAUUCAAAUUUGGGAACCGACCACUUUGAAGCAUAUCCAUACUUUUAGAGGCCAUAAAGAUAGUGUGAGCGGUAUAGUAUUUAGGAAAAACACACAUGAACUGUAUUCAGGAAGCAGAGAUAGAUCUGUUAAAAUUUGGUCAUUAGAUGAAAUGGCGUAUGUGGAAACAUUGUUUGGACACCAGUCUCCUGUCAUGUCUAUUGAUGCUUUGACUAGAGAGAGGGCAAUCACAGCAGGAGGGAGAGAUACCUCGGUCCGAAUAUGGAAAAUAGUUGAAGAAUCACAAUUAAUUUUCAAUGGGCCUGUGGGAAGUCUUGAUGAAGUGAAACUGUUGGACGAAGAACAUUUUGUAUCUGGUAGCGACAAUGGUUCAAUUUGCCUUUGGGGCGUAAUGAAAAAGAAACCACUAUGUGUGGUGCCUGAAGCACAUGGAACAGAAAAUGAAGUCCCCCGGUGGAUCACUAGUCUUGCAACUUUAUUAAACUCUGAUGUCUUUGCUUCAGGCUCCUAUGACCACAGUAUAAGACUGUGGAAAGUUAGUGAUGUGUUUAGAAAAGUUGUACCAUUAUUUAGUAUAGAAAUAAAUGGAUUUGUCAAUGCUAUGCAGUUCACUAAUGAUGGGAAACAGCUGUAUGCAGCCGUAGGUCAAGAACAUAAGUGUGGCAGAUGGUUUAAAUUAGGUAGUGCAAAGAAUGGUCUUUUAGUUGUUAAUUUUAACAUUAAGUCAUAGUUGUUAAGAACAAUAAAUUAUGUUUUACAUAAGA